UCUCUCUUUCCUUUUCCACUCGUUACUAUGCUAGACCACCUUGCAGGAAGGCCUUCAGCAAACUGGAAGCGGACACAAAUCAUUAUUACAUUAUGUACAAGCUUAUUCUUAUUGUUGAACGGAAAAAGAUAUAGGUGGCCAAAGACCCUGGGGCUAGAAAAUAGAACACUUAAGCAAUAUGCGCCAUGGAGAAUCGUGCUGGGCACUUGGCUAAUGUUAUACAUUACACGAAACGUUCAUAUUCUGCUCGGUAUCGAUGCUCCUGAACCAUUGGCAAGAUUGUAUAAGCGGAGUUAUUUCCGUGGCACUUGGAUCUUGACGGCUCUUGAUGCGGGAUUCUUCACGGCUAUGGGCAUCAAACCGACUUGGCUGCGUCAUAUCUUAUCGAUCGUCUUUUCCGCCUACUACUUGGUAUUUGCAGAUGAUGCGGAAGAGAAAUCUAGAAAAGUUCGAGCUACCAUUACUGUAGAGCAUAUGAGAACAUCUUGGGAGAAGGGAGCAAGUAACCCAAUAUUAAGCUUCGUUUCUUCUUUAUUGCGACCCAAGCUGAGUAUGAAAAAGGUCAUUCAGGUGGCCCGCCCAGCCUCUUCAGAAAGAGCCAGUCUUCCGCCUGUUCAGCUGCAUCUGUACUAUGCUGGGAGUCUAGAUAGUUUAGAAGACCAAACAUCCUUGAUUUUACAUUUUCCUGGAGGAGGAUUUGUCAGUAUGCCGCCUCCCUGUCAUGAAGAUGCCAUAUCACAAUGGGCUGCACAAACCGGAUAUUUGAUAUGCAGUGUCAAUUAUGGAAAGUCUCCAGAAUAUCCGUAUCCCUGGGCCAUGGAAGAAUGUUAUGAUACCUAUAUCAGCAUCGUUGAGAGCAACGGAAAAGUUCUUGGCCUUCGAGGCGACAAAGAGGUGACGAUUGCCUUUAUUGGUGACUCUGCUGGAGGAAAUUUGGCAGCAGGUGUCACCUUGAAAAUUCUGGCUCACAAUCAGCAGCUUCAAACAUCCAGCGUUAACUCUUCUUUUGUCAUGACAUCUGACGAUCCUUCGGCGUCUGUUCAUGAAAAUCAAGUGAUUCCACUACCUGCCGGUGUAAUUACUGUCUACCCAUGUCUCAACUUUGACUUAUCCUGCUGGAUGUCUCCGUCUCAGAUCUCACUCAUGCGGGCUGAAUCUAGCACGUCCUUAAACGCCACGACCAUGAGCCAUCUUCUAGAAUCCAAGGAUCACAUGCGCCAUCAAUCACCGCUUAGUGUAGAGCCCGACUUGGAGAGAAGAAGCCUAUGGCGACGUGCACUGGGUCUAGAGGCAAACCAUGCCAAGCGCGGGACCAGUCUAGAAGAGCGGAUUAGAUUUAUGCCUACCCGGGAUUCAGUUGAUGUAUCAUCUGCCACGUUAGUACCGCGUUUGGCAAUGACCAGCCGGAUGAGUUUCUUCAACGACCGCAUCAUUACACCUGAUCUGAUGCGAGCCAUGGCUAUCCUGUAUCUCGGUCCUCACUCGUAUCCAGACUUUGACACCGACUAUUUGUUGUCCCCCAUCGUGGCGCCGUCUACAUUGUUGUCACAAUUUCCAAAAUUAUACAUGAUGUGUGGAGAAAAAGACCCAUUUGUAGAUGACACAGUGAUUUUUGCUGGACGAAUCCGGCAAGCCAAACGAAAUAACGGUCAUAAGCGAACUCACCAUGAUGAAGAUCCAGAUCAUGGUGUUACUGUUCGCAUCAUGGAGGGCAUGAGCCACGCUUUCCUACAAAUGAUCCCGUUUUUACCAGACGCUGACAAGGCUACCAAGGCCAUUGGACGAUGGGCUCAGCAAAUUUUAGGGAGCGACGCUACACGGCCCAAGAUGUCGAAGUCUAGAAGCCUAAGCAAUGUAUCAGACAUUGCUACUAACGAAAAAGAUAUGAUCUAUCGACGUCGGAGAGGGUUAGUGGAUGGACUGUUUGUCGGAGUCGGCAGUGGUUAAAGUGGAAUUGAUGACAGUAACAGCCAUAAUCAAUAAAUUUCGUUUCCGCUGGCUGGUUUAAAAAUAGAGCGUUUUCU